AUGUUACGCUCAAGUGCUUUCGCUCUCCUCGCUUGGGCCUCCCUCUCGGAAGCCCAGUUCGGCAUCAAGCAUACUCAGUAUGGCACGAGCGAGCCUGUCUACCCGUCGCCCGAAAUCUUGGGCUCUGGAGGAUGGGAAGCUGGCCUGGCCAAAGCCAAGGACUUCGUCGCGCAGCUGACGCCCGAGGAGAAGGCGAACAUGGUCACGGGCACCCCCGGUCCCUGCGUAGGCAACAUCGCCCCCGUGCCGCGCCUCAACUUCACCGGCCUGUGCCUACAGGACGGCCCGGCCACCCUCCGCCAGGCCACUUACGUCACCGUCUUCCCGGGCGGUGUCAGCGCGGCUUCGUCGUGGGACAAGGACCUCAUCUACAAGCACGGCGUGCUGAUGGCCCGAGAGUUCCGUGACAAGGGCUCUCACAUCAUCCUCGGCCCUGUAAUUGGUCCCCUUGGAAGGUCCCCGUACGCCGGGCGCAACUGGGAGGGAUUCUCCCCCGACUCGUACCUCGCGGGCGUCCUGGCAGAGCAGACGGUCAAGGGGAUGCAGUCGGUCGGCGUGCAAACCUGCACCAAGCACUUCAUCGGCAACGAGCAGGAGGAGCAGCGCAACCCCACGACGGUGGAUGGCAAGGGGGUUGAGGCCAUCUCGUCCAACAUUGACGACCGCACAAUGCACGAGACCUACCUGUGGCCCUUUUACAACGCCGUCAGGGCCGGCACCACGUCCAUAAUGUGCUCUUACCAGAGGAUCAACGGCAGCUACGGCUGCCAGAACAGCAAGACCCUCAACGGGCUUCUCAAGACCGAGCUCGGCUUCCAGGGCUUCGUCGUGUCGGACUGGGCCGCUACCCAUUCCGGAGUCGCCUCCAUUGAGGCUGGUCUGGACAUGAACAUGCCCGGACCGCUCAAUUUUUUUGCCCCAACCCUCGAGUCUUACUUUGGCAAGAACAUCACCACUGCGGUCAACAACGGCACACUCUCCUCCCGGAGGGUCGACGACAUGAUUGAGCGCAUCAUGACUCCCUACUUCGCCCUGGGUCAGGACAAGGACUACCCCCCUGUCGACGGCUCCACGGUGCCCAUCGGCUACUUGCAGCCCGACGCCUGGAACCACGAAUUCCCCCUCGGCCCCACGGUCGACGUGCGCAGGAACCACCAUGAGCACGUCCGCGAGCUCGGCGCCGCCGGAUCCGUGCUCCUGAAGAACGAGAAGGGGGCGCUUCCGCUGAAGAAGCCCAUGAACAUUGGCGUUUUUGGCAACGACGCGGCCGACUUCACCCGGGGUUCCUACACGGCCGGCGGCUUCUUUGGCGGCGUCGGAGGCGAUUACGACAUCGGAACGCUGCCCCUCGGCGGCGGAUCCGGCACCGGCCGCUACACCUACGUGGUUUCCCCCCUCGAGGCCAUCAAGGCGCGCGGUCGCAGCUACGGCGCCUUGGUGCAGUACAUGACCAGCAACGGGGCCAUCACCGCCGGCGGCCUCGCCAUGAUCUUCCCCGUGCCCGAGGUGUGCCUCGUGUUCCUCAAGUCGUGGGCGACCGAGGGGAACGACCGGAUCAACCUCGAGGCGCAGUGGAACGCGACCGUGGUGGUCGAGAAGACGGCGGCGCUUUGCAACAACACCAUCGUCGUGAUCCACGGCGGCGCGCCCGUGGUGAUGCCGUGGAGGAACAACCCCAACGUCACGGCCAUCCUCGCCGCGCAUAUGCCGGGCCAGGAGACGGGCAAUUCGCUCGUCGACCUCGUCUGGGGCGACGUGAACCCGUCGGGCAAGCUGCCGUACACGCUCGCGGACCAGGCGACCGACUACAACAAGAACCUCGUCAACAGCACCGAGCUGGUCCAGUCGACGGACCCGGACGCGUGGCAGGCCGACUUUGUCGAGGGCCAGCUGAUCGACUACAAGGAGUUUGACGCACAAAACAAGACGCCCGCCUACGAGUUCGGCUUCGGCCUCAGCUACACGACCUUUGAGCUCUCGGGCGUGCAAGUCAAGGUACAGGCGUCCAACCCGUCGCGCCUGCCGGACCCGUCGGCGCCCAUCGCGCCCGGCGGCAACGUGCAGCUGUGGGAGACGCUGGCGACGGUCAAGGCCACGGUCAGGAACACGGGCGAGCGCGAGGGCGCCACGGUCGCGCAGCUGUACCUGUCGCUGCCGGGCGCCGAGGCCGGCAAGGGCACGCCGGUGCGCAACCUGCGCGGCUUCGAAAAGGUCAAGCUCGCGCCCGGCGCCAGCGCCGAGGUCGAGUUCGCGCUCAUGCGCCGCGACCUGAGCUUCUGGGACACCACCGCGCAGGCCUGGAGGCUGCCCGAGGGCGCCAUCGGCGUCGACGUCGGCUUCAGCUCGAGGGACCUGAAGCUCAAGUCGGAGAUCAAGAUCUAA